AUGGAGGAGAAUCAUAUUCAAGUAGCCAGUUCAAUAAAUGGUUGUCAACAUGAGAAAUUUACCAGAGUUCUUCCACUCGACGUCAUCGCCAUGGAUAAAAAUAAAGCAGAAAAAUGGACAUAUCUGAUAAAUGACUUUUUUGACAUAUUAGAAUUAACAAAAAAGACAAAUCAUCGAAAUUUUUAUCAUUCUAAUAUCCUAAAAUUAGCUGAUAAAUGGGGGAAAGACUUUGUCGACGUGUUUGGAUACGAAGCUGUUACCCCCUAUAUUCAUAUUUUCUCCUCGCACAUCGGUGAAUUCUACAAAAUGUAUUAUGAUCUGAAUAAAUAUUCAUUACAGGGUGUGGAAAAAAUGAAUGAUGUUCUUACAACGGAUUAUUUCCGAUCCACGAAUAAAAAAGGCAAAUAUUUGAAACAGAUAAUUCGUAACAGACUCAUUCAAGUAUUAUUAGGUUUUGAAAAAUCUGACAUGAAAACUAUUCUUUAUGAAUUCGAAAAAGAACAAAUAAAAACGGACACUGUAGAAGACGAAUAUUUAACUGAUAACGAUGACGAAGAUGAGGUGAUUACAUACUUUAAGAAAAACUGGUAUCGCAUGGAAGAAGAACAUGAGUUUGAAGACUUGUAA